GCGGGUCCCCGCCUUGGGCGCGCGCGGGGCAAGUUCGAUGUUGGUGUCCCGGAGCAGCGACCCGGCGCCGGCGACCCCUUGCAGGCGGCGUGGAGGUGAGCCCUGCUGAGGAACCGACGGGGGCGAACGCUGCAACGGCAACAAUAGCAGCAGCAUGUUCUUUUCUUCCGGCUUCGACUGAGGCGGGAUGAGGGUCCCCUCGUUCCAUCUGGGCAAGACGCUGAGGAGAAGGUUUCGCCUCCUGCUGGUCUUUGGGCUGCUGGCCGUCGGGCUCUGCGCAGCCUACUUGGAGCUGGUGGUGCUGGCCGACCGGGAUGGACACCCCCUGAGCCGCAGAUAUGGAAGCUGGAGUGAACUGGCAAGAGCACUGGAACACCAAAACAAACCAAGAGUUGAGACAAAUCUUCAGGUCUAUUUACCCGUGAAGAAUCAAACACACCAAAGAAGCUGGAGCAAUAGGACCAGUUCUGCAGCAUUGGACAAUACUGCUUCCAGGCUACCUGAGUUCCAAGGUCAAGUCAAUCUUCAUGUUUUUGAAGACUGGUGUGGUGGAUCUAUUGAGCAAUUGAGGAGAAAUCUUCACUUUCCUUUGUAUCCUCAUACACGGGCUACUCUGAAGAAGCUAGCAGUAUCACCAAAAUGGAGAAACUAUGGAUUGCGGAUAUUUGGUUACCUGCAUCCAUACAAGGACGGUAUGUUUCAGUUUGCAAUUGGGUCUGAUGACAAUGCAGAGUUUUGGCUGAGUCCAGGAAAAAACAUCUCAGAACUUCAGCUGAUGGCCAGCAUAGGCAAGAGUGGGAAGGAGUGGACAGCACCAGGUGAAUUUGGGAAAUUCAGGAGCCAAAAGUCAAGACCCAUAAACUUGUCAGCUGCAAACAAAUAUUACUUUGAAGUUCUACACAAACAAGAUGACAAAGGAACAGAUCAUGUGGAAGUGGCAUGGAGACUGAAUGACCCCGAAGCCAAGUUUGCAAUUAUUGAUUCUCAGUUCCUCUCCCUUUAUGCUGAUGAAACUCUUCUGAAAAUGGAUGAAGUUGGUCAUAUCCCACAGACGCCAGCCACUUGUGCAAACCAGAUGCUGCACAGUCAGGAUGCUAUAGAACAUCCAGCUGAAAUGCUGAAAGCUGACUCUCGGGACACAAUUUAUGCAUUGCCUCUCCUGAGGAAAUCCCAGAUCCGCAGGAUCCUUCCAGAAUGUUCAUACAAACCAAGUUAUGUGGUCAAUGGAUUCAAACUGCACCGCUAUCAGGGUCUUAAUUUUGUUCGGCUGUCCUUUGUGUAUCCCAACGACUAUACCCGGUUGACCCACAUGGAGUCACUUAACAAAUGCAUCUACCAGGAAAGUGAGUUCUACCUGAAAAGGUAUGGAUUUUCCAAGUACAUGAAAAUGGAUCCACCAGAAGAGAAAAGUUCUUAUUUGGAAGAAGAAUCAAAAAUACAAUCUUAUGAAGAAAAUUUAGAUGAUGCUCAGUAUUUAGAUCCAGAAGCAGAAGAGAUAAAGCUUGAAAAAGAUCAUAUUGCAACUGUACAAUAUGUCAAUGUUUAUGCUGAAUCCCCUCAGAAGCAUCGGAAUCUCUUGUCAGUUACCAAACAGAGACAGAAGAAAGAUGAGAAGAGAAAUAAAACCAAAGCCGAAAGUUAUUCUACAGCAAGGACCUCACAUUUGAUAAUCAACAAACACAAUCAAAAUCCUUCUGAUCAUGACAGGAAUGUCCACAGAUUGACAACCAAGAGGAAAGAAGGAGGCAACGAUUUGCAGACUAACAAAAGGCCCAAGGUGGCUAAGGAAUAUAGAAACUCAACAGAAGGAGAAGCCAAUCAAGCUCAGUUAGGCUUUAAUGCAACCAGAAACAAAAAAGCAUCAUCAGAUCCCACCAAAACUAGAAGGGAAUCCCAAAGACUUGAAAAAGAGACUGGCAAGGCAAUCCUCCAGGAGCAGCCUAUUCAUGAGGACCAAUGGUUUAAUCAAGUAGAUUCUUACAUAGCCCAACAUAAAGCUGCAGAUCCUGCUAAUGUCAUUUUGGGUAGGAUGGAUCUAGAUUCCCAGCAGCAAGUCAGGACUGAUUCUGCCCACCUAGCAACACACACAAAAAAGGACAUUACAGUAGUGGAAGAAGAAGACGACGAAGAGGCAGAUGAAGAGGACUUAUUUCCUCCUCCUGCUUUUUUGUUUGAUCCAGUAGUGAAUUGGAAGCAGACUUUCAAGGCAAGCAACGUAGACUUCCAAGCUUUACGGUCAGACUGGAUUGAUUUGAAGUGCAAUACUUCAGGGAACCUGCUCUUAAAAGAGAAGGAAGCCGUUACGGUCACUCAAGUAUUCCUUAAAAAACUAAACCAGAAGAUCAAAGGGCGGUUCCAGUUACAGCGCAUUGUGAAUGUAGAGAAGCGUCAGGACCACCUGCGGGGCACCCGCUACUUUCUGGAGCUGGAACUGUUGGAGCAGGGAAAGCGACUAGUCCGUUUCUCAGAAUAUGUCUAUGCACAUGGCUGGCACGGUGGCAGCAGCGGAGAGGAGGAAGCCAAUAUGAAAGACCUGGCGUGGGGCCACCAACGUCACCUGAUGAGCAGCGUGGAUGAGCCCGUCCUAUGCUGGCCAUUAAGCUUCUCAUGGAAUCACCGUGCAGUUGUCCACUUUAUAGUGCCUGUGAAAAACCAGGCCCGCUGGGUUCAGCAGUUCAUUUUUGACAUGGAAAAGCUAUUUAGGAUUACUAAGGACCCCUAUUUCAAUGUCAUCAUCGUAGACUAUAGCAGUGAUGACAUGGAUGUAGAAGAAGCUCUGAAACGGUCCACCUUGCGCAGCUACCAAUACUUGCGAUUGAUUGGGAAUUUUGAGCGGUCUAAAGGUCUGCAGGCUGGCAUAGACAAAGUGAGGGAUUCUCACAGCAUCAUUUUUCUGUGUGAUCUGCACAUCCAUUUCCCAGCAGGGUUCAUUGACUCUGUUCGGAAGCACUGCGUGGAAGGGAAAAUGGCCUUUGCACCUGUAGUUAUGAGGCUGAUGUGUGGUGCCACUCCACAACAACUAGAUGGCUACUGGGAAGUUAAUGGUUUUGGUCUCCUGGGUAUAUAUAAGUCUGAUCUGGUUCGUAUUGGGGGAAUGAACACACAAGAGUUCCGUGACAAAUGGGGAGGAGAGGACUGGGAGCUUUUGGACAGAAUAUUUCAGGCAGGCCUGGAGGUAGAGCGACUGUAUAUCAGGAACUUCUUCCACCACUAUCAUUCCAGGAGGGGCAUGUGGAAUCGACGUGUGCUGCAGAUAUGACACAUACUUCCACUUCUGAAUCCCAAUAUGCAUUUUCUCUAGACAUAUCACUAAGAACACACUCAUUCUCUCUCCCACAGAGAUCACAGCAUGAAUUUAGAUGCUCGUGCAAAAAAACAAAAAACAAAAUGAAGAGUUUUAAUCUAACUACUGGAAAAGAACUGGGAAGAGAAUGAUCCUACUUCUACAGUCUUCUGUCCACGUAGUUGAUUUUCAAAGUGUGAAAAACUUUCUUACCAGCAUAUCACAGUCUCCACUCAAUCGCUUUAAGGUGCCUUCUUUUUAUGGUCUGUCUUUUUUUUUUAACAAGAAUGCUUUCACUUUAUUCCUAGCAAAAUGAAAAAUAAUGGAUUAUUAAAUGGAUUAAUAGAAGCUUCCAUGAUGUAUAAUGUCCCAAAAGGCCUCCCAUGUUUGAAGGACAAGUUGUCUAUCACCAGAAAACAAAACGAUGUCGUGAAUGUCUACAAACAGAAAGGUGCCAGAACUGAAAUGCCUUACACAGUGUAUUACAAGAGGAUUAUAUCCUCAUUAGAUCUAUUUUUAAAGACGUUGCUCUUUUUUGAGGUACUUUAACAAAAAAAAAAUAUCUAAAAUUCAUGCCUUUGGACUAAAGUCAGUCAGUUGCUUGAUCUUUGCAUAGUGCUCUUCAAUCUAUCCAGGAUAUAUAAAGGAAUCUCUCUUCUUACAUUCUCUUCUUGUGUUCUACUUGUAUUCUACUCAGGUACAGCAAAAGAACAUCAGCUUUAGAAAACUGGAUAUAUUUUUCUUUUGUGACUGCCCACUGCUUUUUUCUCUCACUCAACAGGCCAUUUGGUAGAAUGAUAGUCAAACUGCAUUUGAAACCUGGCUAGGGUCUGAAUUUUUUUCGGCAGACAAUUGUGUCAAUUGUGGCACUCAUAGGAAGAUAUAGGGACCCAGGAGCUAGAAAUAUGACUGUGAGACUGCCUGCUUUUUCUUGAAAUCUUUGUGUAGCCCUCGGGAGAUUGACUGAUACUCCAGGCCCGAUAUCGGUACGAAGAAGCAAAAUCCACAGAGUUUUGAUAUGCUUUUUUUAAUUUAUUGUGCAGUCUCAUUAUUGUUGGUUGGUUUCAGUUUUUAUUUUAACAUACUGUAAAGCAUUCUAAGAGAAAUAAUUCUGAAGGGCAAGAUAUUAUUGUUUAUAAAAUUAUUUAAUGAGCUA